AUGGCGGCGCCGCCGGAGCUGGAGGCAGCGGUGGGGAUGGCGGCGCCGCCGGAGGCGCAGGAGGCGCUGUCGCGGGGCUUCUCGGAGGAGCAGUUUGGGGCCGCCUGCCGGGAGCUGGACCAGCCGGCGCCGGCCGCGGCGGGGCCCUGGCAGCUCCUGGUGGAGACCAUGGGCGUGCGGAUCUACCGGCUGUACCACCAGCAAUCAGGACUUUAUGAAUAUAAAAUCUUUGGUGGUCUUGCUGACAUUCCCCCAAAAUUGUGUGCAGAUGUCUACAUGGACUUGGAUUUCAGAAAAAAGUGGGAUCAGUAUGUUAAAGAACUGUAUGAGGAAACAUAUGAUGGUGAGAAAGUAAUCUACUGGGAAGUGAAGUACCCUUUUCCUCUCUCAAACAGAGAUUAUGUCUAUAUCCGGGAGAGCCGGGAGAUGGAUGUGCAGGGGAGGAAGAUCUGGGUUGUGUUGGCAAAAAGUGUGGCUGUUCCUCAGUGCCCUGAGAAGCCUGGUAUUAUCAGAGUUAAGAGCUAUAAACAAAGCCUGGUAAUUGAAAGUGAUGGCAAGGCUGGAAGUAAAGUCUACAUGUACUAUUUUGAUAAUCCUGGUGGCAUGAUUCCAACCUGGCUGGUCAACUGGGCUGCCAAGAGUGGUGUGCCUGCUUUCUUGAAGGAUAUACAAAAAGCUUGCCUUAAUUAUUCUAAGACACAUGGGUGUUGAAAUUGAUUUGAACCAUUUAAUUCCUAGAUCUCUGCUGUUACAGGAGCAAAUGUUAUAUAUUACACUGGAUAAAAUCUACCUCUAAUAUUGGAAAGAAUUUUAUUUUAGUUUGAGUUAUGCCUUGAGUUUUAUUACAUUUUUUUUCGACUGAAGAGCUGGCCACUGGCAAAGUAGCACCAAUAUCAGCUGCAGCUUUUGAAAAUACUCAAGUUUUACCUUGUUUCCCAUGCUUUGUUUAUGCUGGUUGUCAGGUAUCAGCUAGAGGAGUUCUGUGCUGGAUGUGUUACGUCCUUGCACAAGAGACAACAAUCUUACCAGAAAAAUGUCUGAACUUGGACUUCAGAUUAUCUGCAUGGGUUAUGCCUGGAUCUGCUUUUGCUACCCAAGUUUGUCAUUCUUAAACUCUCUGCCUGAUAUAAACCUAAAAAAGGCUGAGGAAUGAGGUAAAUUACUAGAAAUGUGCAAUAGGAAGUCUGUGAUGCUAAGCUCCCUUAAAUCCAGCUGUAAAAAGAUCAAGCCUAAAGCUUUGCAUUCACAGCUCCAUAUUUCUGCAUGAAAUGUAAAAACUUUUAUUUGUGUCCAGCUAGAAGAAAAAGGAGGUGACUUCUUGCAUGUCUGAUUUAAGAGGAACAAGUUUUAUCUCCAGAGUCAGUAGCCUUAUCUAUAAAGCAGCUUGGACACCAACUUGAAACUGGAGGUAAUUUUAAACUGGGUGCCUGCCACUGAAUGUGGAUGAGCUUGAUGUGGAGCUUGGGCUUGCUUGCAUUUUUA